AUUUACAAAUUUUACAUUAGCAAAUUAGCCAGAAAAGAAACGGUAUACGCCUUUCGAAAAAAUUGCUUUUGAUCAUUGAUUCUUUUGUCUGUUUAUCGAAAUCGAUGAUCGUAUUUCGAGUCUGUAAUCGUAUUUCUUUUUUCUUUUUUUUUUGCUGUCUUUUUUUAAAGUAAACACAAAAUUCUUUGAAGGUUGAAAAUAUAUUAAAUGUAAUAUCUGAUGAUCAAUAGGAGAAAAAGUAUGAAUUUAUCACGGAUAUUUUGUUGUGCCAUUAACGAAUCAUUAGAAGAUGGUGAUUCCAAUCAAGAUAUUGAAAGAAUAAUGGAACAUUUUUCAAUGGAUUUAAAUCUGUGUUUCACUAAUUCCAGUUGUAACAUUCAAUUCCUGUUGAUGCUUAUUGCGAAUUCAAUUAAAUCCUUUAGAAAUGCUGAUAACAGUCAAUUGGUACUGAUCAAUGAAGAAAUAUUACAUAAUCGUGCAAAAUUAAUGCAAAAGUUUAUUAUGCAAGAUGAUAUACAUUUGUUAGAAUUUCUUGUCAAAGUUAUUGAUUUUUUACAUAAACUACAAUUUUCAUUAUCGGAAAUUGAUAAAGCAAUCAAUAUAUUGAAUUUUGAAGAAGUAAUACCACUUUACAUUCGUAAUCAUUGGACAUUUGCCCGUAAACCGGACGGUCAACCAUCAAACGUCGAAGAUCGUCUAAAUGUCAUUUAUCAAUGUCUUCGUUUCAAAUCUUUGAUUUUUUGCUACACCGAUCCAAAUGAUUGUUUUUAGCAUAUUUUUUUGCAAUUCCAAUGCAGAAUAUGAAAAAGUUUCCAUUUUUUUGUCUUGUCAUUAUAUACACAGCUUUUUCUGUUUUUUUACCUUUAUCUUCGAAUAGAAAACAAAUGAUUACGGUUUUUCCCAAACAAUUGUUAUUCAGAAUCAUUGUUUUUCAUAUUUGUAUGUGCUGAUGUUUUUU